UGACUUGCCUAGUUAAAUAAAUGUUCAAUAAAAAAACUCAAGUACCUUUGAUAAGUUGCCAGACACAUCAUAUAAUGAGUAUUUCACUUGAUAGUUCUUCGCACCACCUCUACAUAAUAUUCUUCCAAUUAAAACAGUGAUUGUUUUGUUUCUUUCUUCCAAUCCAGGUUUUAAAAGUUCCUCGCUCUCCCCCCUAGGAAUGAAGUUCUGCCUGGACUGUCAGCUCCUCUUCCUAACGGGAGAAUGGGAAGGCCACGCCCUUCACAAGAUGUCACAGGCUGAUGACAUCACAAGAGGCCCGGCUGAGCAGGCCCAGUCUGAUGCUGAAACCCUUGGAGAACAAGAAGAGUAACACCCAGUACCUGUUCGCUGACCACAGCUGUCACUUCCUGUUGGAUAACAUUGCCGGGACGCCCAGACUCCAUGAGCUAUUCAAGCUAAGAAACCAGGAAGGUAAAGGUGACCCCAUGAAAAGUCUGCAACUGGCUGUAAACAUCAGAGAACAGUGUGGAGAUGCCCAUACUUCUUUGAACUGCGUAUCCUAGAGUACUUCCCCUCUUUCACCAUGCUAGACUACCAGGCAAGCCAGUUGUAUUCAGACGUAUUGGCUAAUCUUAGGAGCACAGCUUGACAUGUGUACAUUAGUAAAAGAUGAUGAUUGAUAAUAAUGUGCAUUUACUAUAAUGUACUGUAUGUAUACCCAAUGUCUCUCUGCUUGUCACUCAGCAUUACAGAUUGUGGGUAAGGCCUUGUGGUAGACUAGCGUCCUGCCCAGGGGGUGUACUUGUACAUCAAGCUGCCACACGCUACAGGAACUGGAGAUAGGCUCCUGGACUAUGGGCGUUCUGGCUCAGACAAGGCUACUUCCUUUGUUUUACUAUAUGUAGUCCUUCCACCACCAAACAGACUCACUGGGUAGUCCUUCCACCACCAAACAGACUCACUGGGUAGUCCUUCCACCACCAAAAAGACUCACUGGGUAGUCCUUCCACCAC